UCCAACCCUACUGCUCCUGUGUUUCCUCUCGCCGCCGCCGUCGCCUCCUCCUCUCCCGCCUGCGUCGCAUCGCCACCGCCUUCGCCAUGGGGAGACGACCUGCUAGGUGCUACCGCCAGAUAAAAAACAAGCCAUACCCCAAGUCAAGGUACUGUCGUGGUGUACCUGACCCGAAGAUCAGGAUCUAUGAUGUUGGGAUGAAGAAGAAGGGAGUGGAUGAGUUCCCCUCCUGCGUCCACCUGGUCAGCUGGGAAAAGGAGAAUGUCUCUAGCGAGGCUCUUGAGGCUGCCCGUAUUGCUUGCAACAAGUACAUGACGAAGAAUGCUGGAAAGGAUGCGUUCCACCUGAGGGUCAGGGUCCAUCCAUACCAUGUCCUUCGUAUCAACAAGAUGCUUUCAUGUGCCGGGGCUGAUAGGCUCCAGACUGGAAUGAGGGGUGCUUUUGGGAAGCCUCUGGGUACCUGUGCUCGUGUGGACAUUGGCCAAGUACUCCUAUCUGUGCGCUGCAAGGAGAGCAAUGCUGUUCAUGCUGAUGAAGCCCUCCGCCGUGCCAAGUUCAAGUUCCCUGGCCGUCAAAAGAUCAUUCGCAGCAGGAAGUGGGGCUUUACCAAGUUCAACAAGGCUGAUUACAUCAAGUACAAGAGUGAGGGAAGAAUCGUGCCUGAUGGUGUCAAUGCUAAGCUGCUUGGUGUCCAUGGCCCCAUUGCUAAACGCGCCCCUGGGCAGGCGAUCCUGGCUUGAGGCAGUUGAAGCAUGCACAGACCAUUUCCUUCGCUAGAUGGAACUCAUGAGUUUUGUUUUUGCUUUAGCCAGUAUAUUUCCCCAUGCUUGAACGAGUGUUAAGUAAAGAUGGCAGCUGGCUGCAGUAUAAUCUACUUCUGUAGUUCUUUACUGUAGACCGUUUCUCAUGGUGGAGGUUGACAUAUCUGCAGUUGUCCUGUUUUAGCACUUUCUUGAGAUUGUUAUCUACAAGUGCUGAAAUUUUCUGGAUCAUCUAUGAAUGAUGUAUAACUUUUGCCUAUGCAAAAUCACCUUUCAUUGAUGUGUGGCUAGUUA